AUGUCCGUCAUGUUAUGCACAAGCUAUGCUCAAAUAGGUCUCGAUGAUGCAAACUCGCUUAAAUCCGCUCUUGAUCCCGACAGAGAAGGCAUUCGCGACUCGGCCAUUGACUCUCCUAUGCUUACAGCGUGGAAAGAGAAGUCCAAUUCGCCGACCAAGUCUUUGACGUGCCUAGGAUGA